AUGUCCUCACCCUACACCUCACCCUACACACCAAAAGCCCCAACCUACCCUUCCCGCCCCUCGACCGCCUCCACAAGUAAGCCGCUCCUCUUCCCACCUCCCCUUCCAACCAAGUCUCUAACAAAACACCACCAACCAACAGGCUACUCAACAAGCUCAACCUCAUCCCAAAGCCUCUACACAAACAGCCCCACAUCCGCCAUGUCCCCACCAUCAUCAUCAUCAUCAUCGUCAUCGCGAUCAAAAAAGUACAGCAAACCCCCUGUUAUCCAUAAUGGAGGCGGCAAGCUGAAUGAUCCGAAUACGUCGACGAGUGCGCCGAAUGGAGGGUAUUAUAAUUAA